UCUACUCUACUCUACUCUACUCUACUCUACUCUUCCUCGUACCACCGUAGAGAGAGGGGGAAGGCGACGCCAUGUCCUGUGGUAAACAGUCCUGCCAAUCAGGAGGCUGCAACAAAGACGACAACGAAGAAGAACAACCUCUCUCUCGCACCAAACAUCCAAUCACUAUCAAUGGCAACUCUGUUCGCGACCAUCGCCAAAUCCCACUAAACCCUAACCUCUGCGUCAAGUGCAAGCUCAACGACCCCGUUGCAGGAUGCUCCAGCGGCGGCGGUGAUGGCGGCAGAUUUUGCGGGGAUUGUUUCCGUGCUUCGCUCUUCGGAAAGUUUAGAUUGGCUGUUACUUCUAAUGGCAUGAUUUCUCCCUCUGAUAAGGUCCUCGUCGCCUUCUCCGCCGGCCCUUGCUCUCGGGUGGCUUUGCAAUUCGUCCAUGAGAUGCAAGAAAAAGCUCAAAAGAACUUUGACGCAAGUAGGGAUAAAUCUCUUCCCGUCUUUGGGGUGGGAAUUGUUUUUGUUGACGAAAGUUCAGCUCGCUGUGUUCCAACUGCUGAAGCUGAUGAAGUAAUUCAACACAUUAAGACUGUUGCCAGUGAUCUUGCCGCGCCAGAGAAAUUGUUACAUAUUGCUCCUCUUGAAAGCAUCUACGCCUCAAAUCCUGCUGAUGGUAGAGAGAGGUUGAGAAGGCUGCUAGGUGCUAUUAGUGAUAAUACUGGUAAAGAAGACGCUUUGACGUAUCUCCGUAUGCUAUGUUUGCAAAAGGUCGCUGUGGAAAAUGGGUACACUCAGUUGGUACUUGGGUCGUGCACUUCCACUAUAGCUCGUCAUGUACUUUCAGCAACUGUAAAGGGUCAGGGCUUCUCCUUACCGGCAGAUAUACAGUAUGUUGAUGCGAGAUGGCAGGUUCCCGUGUUGCUUCCACUUCGUGAUUGUCUUGCACAAGAGCUCAACCUGCUUUGUCAGCGUGAUGGAUUGAAGACAUUAGUGAUGGUUGAUGGUCCUCAGUCUGGGAUCAAUGCGUUGGUUUCAUCAUUUGUCUCGCUUUUGCAGGAAGAAAAUCCUUCUCGAGAAUGCACGAUUGUGAGGACUGCUGGGAAGCUUACACCAUUUAGUUUUAAUAGACUACCAGAGGUUGAUGAUGACCCUAAGGCACUUCUAGCAUCCCAAAGGCGUCAAAAGAAGUUCAACAUCAAGUCAGACGAGUCUACUCCUCCAGAAUCAUUCUGUUCUCUUUGCAAUAGUCCACUCCAUGUUUCUGACUCAAGUUUAGGAAGUUUUUCUGGUGAGCAGCAGAGUGCUGAGUCCUUCGGGGCUACUUGCUGCUCAAGUUGUAGAUUUCAAAUACUUCCUUAUGAUACGGUGUCUAUGGACCAGUUUUAUGCAUUAUUGCCUCAGCCAAUAAUGUCCCGAGCAACAAUCAGCAACAGCUCAAGUAAUCAUAGAUUGCUAAGGCAAGUAUCAUCUAAUUGCAAUUUGCUCAUUAAUUUUGCAGUCUUCAGAACUAGUUGGUAAGAAUGGAGCUAAUUUGGGCUUUAUUGGGGUUGGAAGUGUGAGUCACUGGUCUAUUUGGAUUGAUUAGCUUUGUUGUUUGGCUUCUUUUUAAGGAAUAUAUCUUCUUGAAAGUCUUUUGGUUCAGGAAGUGGGACUCUUUUCAAUAGGCAUGGUCUGGAUGUUUCUGCCUGAGUGAUCAAGUGGUUAAUGGACGACAGGCCAGUGGAUUUAUUUUGGUUGAAUAUAAUGUAACACUAUUUUGCUUUGAUGAAAGCAAGUGACCUUUUAAAUGAGUCUUAAAGCAUACUUCUUGAUGAUCUAGUAUGUCAGUAACUUCCCAUUAGAGGAUUUUAUUCAUUGGUCUUAGAUGAUCCAGGCUUGUGUUAUUGUGUACCCUUACCCCUCAUCAAAUUGAAAUUAAUCUGAGGGACCCACAUACAAAAGAUUUCAAAAUGAAGAAUAAUAUGGCAAUUGAUACAUGAUGCGGAAAAUUCUGCUUGUAGAUUUUCUCCAUCUUAUUGACUGCGACAGAUGUCUGUGGUCUUGUUUUCUUAGCCCUCCCCACCACAGGCAGAGGAGCGGGAGGGAGGAGAGAAACAAUUUAAAAGUACCUUUUUAUUGAAUAUGGUUUCUCAGGGGAGAGGUGUGCUUAACUUAUCUUGCUUAGACCCUGUGGAUAGUAGAUGCUAAGUCCUUGAUCACUUGAAUGCAGAGAGAAAAUCCAGGAGUUCCUACUUUCAGACAGUGAAGAUGGAAGCUGAGCUCAACGAUUCAAAUGAAUGACUUGCACCUACCCUGAUAUUGGAAGCCUUUGGUAAUGCAAUUUUUUGAUUUGAAGUGCUCUGAUGGCUUGGUGCUUAGUUAACUGGAGGUCAUCCUAGGGCUAAUCAGGUAAUGAUGAGUGAUGACAAGCUCAUUAAGUUGCUCGGCUUGUCAGAUGUUCUAAACAUGAUAGGUGUCUGUUGAAUUGUUAUGGAGUUGAUUGAUCUCUAGUACUGAGCGAAGGAGAAUCUUUCAAGGUUGAGUGUGUCAGUUUCGCAGCAGAAGUGGCAUUGAAUUAUUCAGAAUUGGAGCGUAGCUGCUGCAUAUGUAUUUUUAUGUUCACGGCUUUCCUGUGAUGUAUUUUUGUUCUCUUAAAUUGU